AUGUGUUCCCUCCUUGGCGAUAAGACUCGCAUGCAUGAGCUUUCAAGAGAUCCCAAUGCCUAUAUCAGGCCAUCACCAAGUGGUGGAAAAUUGGGUGGUGUUGCUCGCAACACUCAAGAUGCCAUCUACCUUUGUGAAUGUGCGGGGUACAAGAUAAUCUUUAUUGAAACUGUUGGUGUGGGGCAGUCAGAGUUAGCUGUAGCUGACAUGGUGGAUGCAUUUGUGCUCCUCAUACCCCCUGGGGGUGGUGAUGAACUUCAAGGCAUCAAAAAGGGAAUCAUAGAGCGAUCUCACUUCAUAUGCAUCACCAAGGCUGAUGGAGAUCUUAUUCCAGCUGCAAGGAGGAUCCAAUAUGACUACUUGUCCGCUAUCAAGUAUAUGCGACCUGUGUCGCAAAAUUGGAAGACAAAGGUAAUGAGAAUCUCAGCCUUCACUGGUGAGGGGCUGAAAGAGUUAUGGGGUGACCUAGAAAAGUAUCAUCAGAUGAUGGUGUCCUGUGGGGAAUUCUUCUCCAACAGAAAGGACCAGCGCAAAAGUUGGAUGUGGAACUACAUUGCAGACAACAUUGUGAGCAUCUUCAAGCAGCAUCCAGCUGUCAAGAAGAAGCUGAAUGAGAUGGAAAGACAGGUGAUUGAGGGCAUUUCCACUCCUGGUAUUGCAGCAGAAGUCCUUCUCAAGGAAUUCAUCAAGGAAGUGCCUUGAAGUUACCCAUCUUCCCAUAGUCAGAAAAAUAUGUCCAAACAAAGGAAGAUAGGCAAGGAAAGAUGGAACUGCAUUCGUGAGCUUGUUUGAGCUCCCAAAUGGGUAUUGGUUUUACACAAGGUUGUCUGCUUUCUGAAUGGAAUGUUGUGUUUCAUCAUUUUUUUAAAUUUCUUGUUAAUGUCCAUGUCAUUGUUUUCAGUGCCCAUUUUUUAAUUGUUCUUUUGGAAUGGCUGAUGCCAUCUGGGAGUAUACAGAAUACAUACAGGGUGUACUUUAAUUGGGUGAUCUGCCAUAAAUAGUCAUUCCCCAAUAAUUACUGUCAAGUUACACUGUUACAUAUAUCCUGAGCCUGUAAACUUUGCUUUUCUGCUCAUGAAAAGAGGUAAGUUCCUCUUAGUAUAAUAAAAU